CUGAGCGGUCAGCUGACCAACGCGGAAGUGACGAAUCGGUCGCAACAUUACAAAGCUUCGUAAACACUGUUCGAGAGAGGUUCUUGUCCCUUGCAAAGAUGGUUCGGUGUUUUCUGAUCCACACCGUGUGCCCGGUCAGUGCGCUGGGCUCCGGGGAGAGUCGGGUGCUUUACUCCCGGGUCUUCGGUCCAGAUGAGGCCGCGUGGUCCGACCGGGACCGGGGGCUCGGCCCGGAGGAGAGACGGCUCUUGCAGAAGGAGAAGAUCAAUGUGGUGGCGAGGCAGGUCCGGAGCGCCGUCUCUCUGUCCCGGGAGGCCUCGGGUCGGCUCGCGGUGGAGACGGUGUCCGGCGAGGAGGCGCUCGCCCUGCAGGAGGCCGACGGCGGAGUGGAACGCCUGAGAGCCGGAGACCCCUUCUCCGAGGAGACGAGCGCCCUGUGGCUCGCCGUCCAGAGUCUGGGCUUCGCGCUGGUCUGCGAGCCCCACGAGAACCUCCUGCUGGCCGAGGGAACGCUGCGCAACCUGACCCGGCACUGCUUGGAGACGCUGCACAUGCUGGGGCCGGGCAGCGAGGUCCUGCUGAGGAGCCACCGCAUCGACGCCCUGCUCAGCCGCCUGCUUCCUCACGGGCAGCUCCUCUUCCUCAACCACCGCUUCGCCCAGAGUCUGGAGAAGGAAGUGGCGGCUUACGCGGCGGCCAAGUGAAGCCGAGCCGCGUGAGCUCGCUCACCGCUGGGCGCCGGACGCACGGCCGACCGUCUGGACCGAGGAGGAAGGGGCCGGCGGACCUGCAGCCGCUGCUCUCCGAUCGCACUCUUCAAUCCCGUUCGUUAGAUUGAAGAGUGGAAAAGAAAACGAGUGCCGCUGAAGAGGCUCGUUAAAACCUCCUCGUCGACAUCAGAGGGUUCGAUUCACCCGAUUCACCGCACUUUAAAUGUCAUCGUGUGACCUUGAGGAACCAGACGUCACCUAUUCUUUUUUAGGGGGGGGGGAUUCUGUUUGUGUAAGUGAAUCAGAAAGUGCUUUAUUGCCUCACCGUGACUUCUAAAUGCACCUUUUGUUCCAAAGGAGUGGGAGGAAACCAGCAUUUGUUUUUAUGCAGAGCAAAGUAUGAUUCAAUGCUUAGUGGAAAAAGAAAGGUCAAAGUCAGACCUGUUUAAUGUCACUUGGAACCAAAAAUGUCAUCGUUGUUGAGACGUAUGAGGACGACGAUAAUGGUAAGAAGUGACAUGAAAUAUUGUUUAAAAAAAUGAUCGAAUGAUAUGUAGAGAUGUUGUCGUGCAACAUACAGAAUAAAGCUGUUUAUGAGGAAGUACAACAGAAACAUCCAGACACCACUAACACCUCCUGUAAUGUUGUACUUGUGAACAUAUGUUGUCUCUGACCGGCCCCCCCAUGAAGACCCUCCUGCUCCUCCUCCUCCAGGUCUCACACAAACCAAACCGGUUUCCUCUUUCUGCUGGCAGCCAAAAUCAAAAACCACAGCGAUGACAACAAAAAAUCUGUCUAGAUGCCAACAUCAAUUGCUUUGAUCUUCUCCUAUUUUUUUCAGCAUCAAAGAAAUAAAACUCAUUUUUAGCACCA